GAAGUAGACACCUGAGGAAAAACAAGUGUUUCGUGUCCAAGCUAGUUUUUAUUUUCAGGAAAUUAUUUCGGCAUGAAAAAACUCUUGAUCCUGAUCCUUCUUUUAGCUCACGGGAGGGGGACUGCAGGCUCUCAUUCCCUGUGGAUGUUUGUUACAUUCAUCAAAGGAGAGACUCCCUUCCCAGAGUUCAGUGCUGUGGCCAUGCUGGAUGAUAUUCAGAUUGGAUACUAUGACACAAAUGACGACAAGCUUAUAUACAGAGGGGCUAACCACUCCACAGCAGCAGACAACUCCGAUAUAACCUUUGUUGGACUUUUUAUUGGAUAUGUACAUAGCCGUAUGAGAGACAGAGCGGCAUAUCUAAAGGACCACUUGAACCACACAAACAAUAUUUAUGUUUUUCAACGAACCGCGGGAUGCAGUUUAGAGGAGGCCAGUCUGCAAGGGGGUCUCAUCAGUAGAGACGCCUUCAAUGGGGAGUCUGGAGACGUCCGCUAUUACAACCCACAACUGAACACCCUCCACACUGACCGCGUGUGGCCACACGCAGUGGACACUAUUUGGCCUGACGAUUUUAAUUUCCUGUAUGAAAACGCUUACUACCCCAACUGCAUUAGCCAACUUAACAAACACCUUGGGAAUGAGAAGAAUCGUGUUCAGAAAAAAGUGAAGCCCAGAGUCAGGCUCCUUUGGAGGACACUUCCAGGCUCUGCAGGGGCUCUAUUGACCUGUCUGGCCACUGGUUUCUACCCCCGUCACAUCAACCUGACCCUGCUCAGAGACGACCAGCCUGUGUCUGACCACCAGAUCACUGGGGGGGAGCUGCUGCCCAAUGGAGAUGAGACGUACCAGAUGAGGAAGAGCCUGGAGGUCAGCGCAGAGGAACUACAGCAUCACCACUACACCUGCACAGCUGAACACCUCAGCCUGGACAACAAGCUGGCCAUUGAUUUGGAGCGUGAUUGGGACUCGGUAACUACAGCCAUCACGUCCUCUGCACUGGUGUUGUCUGUGUGCUGCCUGGUGGGAGCCAUUAUCGUCUUUAUCGUGUAUAAGAAGAUGUGUGCAGGAGCUCCAAGAGAACUCCCACAGAGGGGAACUCUACAGCUGCCCCAAGUGAGUAGGUUUAUAAUAUUUACUGUAUGUGCCACUGUCUGUCUGUCUCAAAUAGUCUUUGAAAUGCUGUGUUCAGUAUCACAGCAUCAGAUCUCUUUUCUGACUGGAAUGUGUCACUGUGUCACAGAAAAGGGCUCCCAGACUAGUGUGUCGAGUAACCACUCAGCUGCCUCAAGUGAGGACUCCCAGAAUGCCUUAUUGAGAGACUCCAUAUCUGCCUCAAGUAAGUGAGUUUGUCAAAGAGAGAAUACAUACAGUAGAGUCCACCUCCCUACAGCACACUGCAGUCAUAGAACCAAUUACAGCUCAGCUGAUGUAAACGUGUUUCACAUUUUCAGAGGUUGUGUCCAUGUGGUUCAGUGUGUGUAGACAUUCUCUGACUUCUUGGUUUCAUGUUUUGAGAAUUUGGUUUUGAGCAGAACAGUUGGACUUUGAGUUCAUUUUCUAAGUACAAGUUUUGUUCAGUGAAUUAAUCCAUGUUCAACCGGUCUUGGGCUUUGGCAUUUAGUGCAUUUUGCAGAUAAAUGUUGACAGAACAAAGUCAUAAACCAUGACAAGAUCACCUCUGUUCUGACUGAACUGGUGCCAUUUUCCUCUUUUACAGGUACAGAUGUUCCAGAGAAGAUUGAAGUCACCACAUCAUUAGAGCCAAAACCACUCAAGGAGCUUUUAUAAUGUCGACCCAGUGCAGUGGCUGCUCUGAUGUAAUUAUCAUGACCUCCAGUGUGUUAAUAGUAGAGAGCUGAGCCCCAUGUGCUCCCUUGUGAUGGUGGCUCCUAUCACGCACCCGGCACAAGGUGGUACACAGUGCAACACAAAGCUUACUCCUAUCUUACACUCAAGUGUUGAUUUGUCAUGCCUUAUUGCCUUAUGUCUGUUAAGUUUAUGCCUCUCAUCACCGGUUUCUGAUUGCCAGAAUAGAGCCCGCAGGUUGUUUGGAUUUGUUGGUGUUCCCCCUGAUUGCAGCUCUGGCUCCCCCUGCUGUCUGAUCAAACACCAGAUAGAUAGA